GCUGCCGAUACACGGUGUGACCGGUGAAUCGUUUUUCCGCUACGCUCGGAGCUACGAAUUAUUUUUGAUUCUGCGGCGAGGUCGUGCGUUUUUACCUUUUUUCUUUUUCGUCUUCUUCUUCUUCGCACAGUAUUAUUAGUUAGUGCCGAUCGUAGAAUCUCGCUCUGUCGGCUCGCUUCACGAUCGGAUCGCCGAGCACCGGCACAUACGACACACGGAUCGAUCCUCGUGCCGUCGUUUUUUUUUGUAUUAGCAUCGAUCGUUACGCGUUAUUAUUAUAUAGUAGACCGAUCUUUUUCUUCGCGCAUAAUCCGCGAGUGCCCUGGGUGCGACCGGAGUGAUCGGUAGAGUGUGCUAUGCGAGCAUGACAGCCAUGGAGGACGGAACGAUCGCCGACGACCGAGAGGAGGCGACGAUGGAGGCGAUACUCGGCCGCGACCAAAGGACCACGUCCCACAGAGUUCACGAUCACCGUCGUGACCCGCUCGACGGCAACGUGACAGCGACGACGACGACGACGACGACACCGGCCGCCGUCGUGAAAACGUCGUCGACGAGAUGGUGCCGGGGCCUGCCCGCGAACGGCCGCCGCGCCGACGUGAUCGGUCCCGGGAUUAAUAAAAAUGAUCAUGCACAGAGACACUCGGAUAGUGAUUCAUACUACGUACCUGCAUUUUACGACGAUCGAAGGAUACGAUCGAGACACAACGCAUCCAUCACCGCGACCACGUGGCUGAGGUUAGGCAGUCUCCUGGUGACUCUGCUCGUGGUCUCGGUGCAGAGCGCUCCGACGAUGACCUUCGAGAAUAGACGACUGAGCUUGCCCCCGAAGUGGGUGAACCCCUGCGGCCUCGCAGACGAAGACCCCACAACCGGUGAAUUGGACGUGGUGCAGCUAACGGACUCGCAGCUUCUGGAGCAGGUCGUCGUGCAAGCGAAAACGGCGCUGAUGCACGCGGAGCUUUUUCGCGACAACUACGCGAGGCGAACCUUCAACGUUGACUUCGAUGAAAUUCUUUCCUCGUUCAAAGAGAGCCACUACGAUUGGCUUCCGGGGCCAAGGGAGAUUCCAAAGCAACUCAAACAGCAACUGGAUCAAGAGUAUCUUGACAGGUUGGAGCUCGACACUGCUCUGAUCGAUGCGUACGAAUACAUGCAGAAGUAUGCAGUGGGCUUGGAGCAGAUCGUUUGGGAUCAAGAAGAUCUUCAGCUCGAGUUUCGCAAGCAAUUCAAAGAGGCGGAAUACAACCUGCGAACGGUCCUCUGCGAGCUGCAAGUGGCGCUGGUGGAGCGUCAGCUGUCGCCGCGGCCGGACGUGACCCGUGACAUCAUGAAGUCCGAGCUGCGGGCCAUGUCAACGUCGGAGACGUUUCGGAACCUGCGUGACUGGGUGAUCUUCCGCGACUACAUGAACGGCCUCGAAUACGUGGUGCAGGUGUUCAACUACCUGCUCCGCGGUCUUCAGUCCUGAGGAUGGCAAGGCGAAAGCCCUCGUAGGGUAACCAGACGUCGACUCGCCCAUCUGAGGAAGCCGGACCACCCUAAUCCGGACGGUCAUCGCUGAGGUCGCGCCGGCCGAAAGGGGGCGGUUAAAACGGAGGAGGAGGAGGAGGAGGGCCCCGAAAGCGUGCUCCGUCAAGCACGGCCGAAGGGGCGCUGUUUUGUUGUCAUCCGUCCUCGCGGCGAUCAACGAAUCUAUCUAUCGGCCACCGAAGCAGCUCCCCCGAAGGACGCUCCCUCGACGCCGAUAGAUACUUCUCCCGUCGCCGACUCGCACAAAACCGUCCGUGCCGUAACGGCCAGCCGAAAAACUCCGACGACCGAGGGAUUAAGGGAGACGAUGGGGAGAGAGAGGCAGAGUCGCACGAUUUACGUAGCCCGUUGGCUUUCGCCGCCCAGUUCACGAUCGUGCAACACGCAAACACACACACACAUACACAGAAAAACACACACACACAUACAUACGGAAAGAGAGAGAGAGAGACCGACACACCUACACGCGACCAGAGAGGACGUAUAAUGCACGUUUAGCACGGUACGUGUCGCAUGUACCGAACGUGUGCGAGAACGUGGAGAACGACGGACCGCCGACAAGAACCGAUUCUCAAGCGCGGAGUGUCGCGUAACGAGUUUGCGUCGAGCAUCGACGGUAACCAGAGCGUGUUCGUUAGAUUUCCGAUUUACGAGACGGUGUGUUAUAAGAGUGAUGAGAUUCGAGAACCGAGUGAUGCGCGAGCGCCCGCGCGAUCUGGUUACGCGCCGGUGGAAAAUCGAAAAUCGAAAGACAAAUCGGAGGAAGGCAUCGUCGUUCGCGAGAUUAUCUAUCUGUCUCGUCGACGACGAUCGUUCGUCCCGGGAUCACGAGAUUUCGUGUCUGUUUCUUCGCAUUUUCGCGUUUUCCGCCGCGAGAGAUUCGCCGAGCGGCCGUGCGCGCCGAUCCGAGAGACUUUGCGUUUCGUCGAGGGUCGAGAAGACGAGCGAGCGAAAGAGAGAGAGAGAGAGAGAGAGAGAGAGAGAGAGAGAGAAAGAGAGAGACGAGCACACGUAACGGAAAAGGAUAGAGAAGGGAACGGAUUCCGAAGGGAUCCUUUUAAACGAGCUUGUGCACCGCAGCGGUAUUAUAUCCUAAGUACACAAGAAAAUACAGUAUUCGCGCUUUAAGCUAGACUAUUCGCGUUCAGCGAGAAGAAAGCAGAAAAUUCGUACGCGUAUAGCCGAUUAUUUUAGGUCGCGUACUAUCCCACGCGAGCAAAUGGCCGGCGUCGUUUCGCGCGUCGACGAAAACCCUCGGCGCCCAGCCCCGGGGGAGCGCUCGCAUCCCGGGCCGGGCCUGGGCCGGGUAUUUGUGUGUCUACACAAUAAUUUAUUGACUAACUGUAAUAUUAUUCUAUAUUCGUAUUUAUUCAGAUUAUUUAUUUUAUUUUUGUAAAGAUUUUACAUGUCCGAUUUCAAGCCUGUAUUUAAAGUGUCUAGUUGAGCUUAAAAUUGCCUAGAAGUGUAAGAGAAAAAACAGAAGGAUAUAUAUUAAUAUUAUUAUUAUUAUUAUUAUUAUUAAUAUUAAUAUUAUUAUUAUUAUUAUUA